GUGUUAUUCCUUUGUCCAGACGCGCUAAAACCACGAAGAAGCCCUAGAGCUAGAAGAAGAAGAAGAAGAAUAAACUGGUUGUCUAUCUUCAUCCUUCGGCUGCUCGUCACCAGCUAUUGUCAAUUCUUCAGGAAUCAUGGCGGUGGAUAAACCAAGCUGGGCUCCGAACUCGAUCACCGAGAAGCCAGCGAGCAAGCUCCGGUGGGGAGAGCUGGAGGAGGAGGACGACGGCGAGGACCUCGCCUUCCUCCUCCCGCCGCGCCAGGUGAUUGGCCCCGACGAGAACGGCAUCAAGAAGGUCAUCGAGUACAGGUUCAGCGACGACGGCAACAAGGUCAAGAUCACCACCACCACGCGCGUUCGCAAGCUCGCCAACGCCCGCCUCAGCAAGCGCGCCGUCGAGAGGCGCUCCUGGCCCAAGUUCGGCGACGCCGUCCACGAGGAUGUCGGUAGCCGCCUCACCAUGGUCUCCACCGAGGAGAUCUUGCUCGAGCGUCCUCGUGCCCCAGGUUCCAAACCCGAAGAAACCAAGGUAGCAGGAGACUCCCUGGCUCAGCUUGGAAAAGGAGGUGCUGUUCUCAUGGUGUGCAGGACUUGUGGCAAGAAAGGCGACCACUGGACUUCCAGAUGCCCAUACAAGGAUCUUGCACCUCAGACAGAAGCCUUUAUUGAUAAGCCCGUUGCAUCCGAGACAAAUGUGGCCCCUGGGGCUACGAAGGGGGCUUAUGUGCCCCCAAGCAUGAGGGCAGGAGCAGAAAGACCUACGGGGACAGACAUGAGGCGCAGAAAUGACGAGAAUUCUGUCCGUGUCACCAAUCUGUCAGAAGACACACGUGAGCCAGAUCUGCACGAGCUGUUCUGCACAUUUGGUCCAGUGAGUCGUGUGUAUGUUGCCAUCGAUCAGAAAACUGGCAUGAGCAGGGGCUUUGGCUUUGUCAAUUUUGUUAACAAGGAAGACGCUGAGAGGGCUAUUGCUAAACUUAAUGGGUACGGGUAUGACAACCUGAUUCUUCGGGUUGAGUGGGCCACGCCUAGAACAACAUAAUUUUUCUAUUGAAACUUCGUUCGGCCUUGCAUUCUUGGUGCAGCUGCUGGAAUCAACCGCUCCUGCCACCUCUCCCUUUAUUAUUGCUAUUAUUGUUAUUUAUUUAUUUUUGGGCCCGCGGGGGGGGGGGGGGGGGGGGUGUUGAUGGGGGGUUGGUUUUCAGUUUGAAAGAGGAAUGGCCAUUUUCAUUUUCCAUCUGUGGAUCCUAUUUGAUAUUAGAACUCAAGUAUUACUUACGGAUGGUUGUAUUCUUGGUGUCGUCGUGUUUUAAAUCAACUUGGUGACUGAAUUACAUGAAGCCAAGCCGUAGUGAUGUCUUUCCUCUCAUAUAUGUGCAACUUUCGUCUAGUUAUAAUGUUUAGACCGGUAUCUCACUGUUUUUGUUCUUUUCA